AACAAGAAACAGAGCCAUCAAGCACAAGGGAAAGGAAAAAUCCCUGAGGUCGGCACAGGAUGCAAAUGACUCCUAAAACAAAAACACAUCACUGAAAUGAUCUCCUGGGGAUGGAACAGGAUGAGCCAGAAUGCAGCCUGAGAUCCUCAGGCAGAGCGUUUACUGUCAAACCAGGUGUGCGUGGAUGUGACUUUGAUCAGGCGGUCUGCGGGGCCGCAGCCGAGGGGGACGUGGUGGUCGGGAUAAUGUUACCGUGUCAUCAGAAAGUGUCUGCUCUUCAGGACCGGCUCAUACCUGAAAGCUUCCACUGCUCUUAUUUCGAUCUGGAGACCUUCAUGUUAACUUUGGCCACCAUCCAUGAAAUCGAGGAGGUCAACUCAUCAGGCUUCCUCCCUGGAGUGCGUCUUGGAUAUCUGAUGUGUGACACGUGCUCGUAUGCCAGCAAAGCUCUGCAGAAUGUGGAGCACAUGCUCGCCGUCAACUCGUCUCUGAGUGUGAAGUGUGACUACUCCAACUUCAGACCAACAGUCAAGAUCAUUUUAGGAGCGUUGUACUCUGAAGUGUCCAUCGCUGUGGCCAGACUGCUGAAUGUCUACAUGGUCCCUCUGCUGAGCAGCACAUCAUCUUCCCCAGAACUGAGCGAAAAGACACGCUUCCCAGCUUUUCUCCGCACCAUCCCCAGUGACAUCCACCAGACCAAAGCCUUGGCGAGCAUCAUGCUUCACUUCGACUGGAACUGGGUCGGGGUCGUGUACGGGGAUGAUGAUUACGGCAGAGCGGCUUUCCAGAGCUUCCUGUGGGACGCCGAGGCAAACGGAGUGUGCUUGGCCUACCAGGAGGUUCUGCCUCAUUACCUGGGUCACUCAGACAGCAGCCGGCGCAUCAGACAGGUCGCCCAGCACAUCCGCUCCUCCACUGCUCAGGCGGUCCUGCUGAUCCUCAGGGCAGAGCUGGUCAGUGCCCUCUUUAAGGAAAUGAUCAAGACCAACACCUCUAGGACCUGGGUCGCCAGUGACUCCUGGUCCAGCAGUUGGUCCCUCGCCAAAAUGGAUGGCAUCAAUAAGGUCGGAGACAUCCUGGGCUUCACCUUUGUCGCAGGCAGGAGUGAAUCAUUUGAUAAUUAUCUCAAGAACCUCACAGCAACCCCGGGAGGACACAAUCACUUCAUCGAAAAAUACAAGAACCUCAGAUUCAACUGUACUCCAGAGUGUUUCUCAAGCCAGCCUCCACCUUACUGCCCUCCAAAUGACCUUCUGAGCAUCAAAUCUGCUGAAGCAUGCACCAUCACGGAUCCCCAAGAGCAAAACGAUGACUUUCUAGUGACUGCUCUGGAUACAAGCAAGGCCUUCCCGAACAGGAUCGCUGUGUGGGCCGUCGCUAAUGCUCUGAAAAAGCUACUGCAGUGUAACAGCUCCUCGUGUUCUGGAGAGACCGACUUCCCACCAUGGCAGCUUCUUAAAGAACUGAAGACGGUCAAGUUCCAGCUCGACAACCAGGAGUUCUUCUUUGAUGAAAAUGGUGAUUUCUUGAACGGUUAUGAUGUGCUCAUGUGGGAAGAAGAAGGAAACCACAGGAGAAUAAGAAGGAUUGGGAAAUACCACAUCGAGGGUGAACGGAUUGAGCUCCUUGAGAAGAAUUUAAACUGGAUCUCGUCGACCAACAGCACGACUCCUCGGUCUCGAUGCUCAGAGCACUGCGCCCCUGGCUCGGUGAAGAAGAUCCUGAAUGUAUCCUGCUGUUAUAACUGCACUCUAUGUGCAGAGGGGACCUUCUCAGAUGACUGGGAUCUCAAUGUCUGCAAAAAGUGUCCCAAUGGAACGUGGUCUCUGAAGGGUUGGACUAAGUGCAGGCCACGAUGGGAGUCCUUCCUGCAGUGGAGUGCUCCUCAUCCCAUCAGCAUGAUGGUAGCUGCAGUUUUUGGUAUCCUGCUCUUGUUUGUCGUCCUCAUCGUCUUCUUGGUGUACAGAAACUCUCGUCCUAUGAAAAGAGCUGAGGUGAGACUGUCCUGUGUGAUGAUGGCCGGUCUAACAGUCAGCUUUGCGAGCGUCAUAUGCUUCAUGGGCAGGCCCAGUGUGCACCUGUGCCGGGCCCGUCAGGUGAUGUAUGCCAUGGGCUUUACCCUGUGUGUGUCCUGCAUCCUGGUCAAAGCUUACCGGAUCUUCCUGGUUUUCCUUCCCUUUGGUCAGAUCGCACACAGGCGGCUUUUCAAAGUUUACAAACCGCCUGUCAUCAUCAUCGUCAUGACUUCUCUGCAGAGCAUCAUCUGUCUUCUCUGGCUUCUGUUUGACUCUCCGGAUAUAGAUAACACUCCUCCGUCCCCACAGAGCAUGAAGAAAGUGCUCAAGUGCAGUGAAGGCUCUACGUUCAUCGGUUUUGGCUUGAUGUUGGGCUACAUCGCUCUGCUAGCUUUGAUCUGCUUCCUCUUGGCCUUCAAAAGCAGGAGCGUUCCUCAGGAGUUCAGUGAGACGGGCUACAUCAUCUUCAGCAUGCUGAUGUAUCUGUUUGUGUGGGUGUGUUUCAUCCCUGUCUACAUCACCAACAAUGAACAAGCGACUUCAGUGCAGGCUUCAGCCAUUCUGGUUUCCACUUACGGCAUCAUCUUCUGCCACUUUUUACCCAAGUGCUAUGAAGCCCUGUGGAGGACCGAGACAGACAUGCUGGGGAAUAUUCUGAAGAGAUGGAGAGACAUGUCUCGUCCAAACCUCGACUCAGACACAAAGGUGGACAUUGUAGUCAACUCAGCGUUUCAAAAGAAUAAUAGGUUUUCUGUGACAAGUACAACAACCAUCCUGAGGAGCCCAGACACGCUGAGUCCUUAUCCUGAGGUGUUCACACAGCCAGCAGCCAUUGAAAGGAUUCCCCCUCAUCCUCUGUCUAACAUGCUCGAGCCAAGAAGGAUCCGGAGACGCAGGAGUGUAUCCUGCUGAAGCUGGUUCGGAUAAAACGAACACACCGUACUGAUGUUUUAUUGUACUGUGCUUGAAUGCUAAUCUUAAUCUAUUGUCUGCUGAAAACUCUUGUAUUCUUCUACAAAUAGAAGACCAAGCUGACUCUUUGUAUUGUAUACAACUAACAGUGAUAUUAAACAACAAUGUGUUUUAAAGUCUGAAUUGUCUUCAUCACAUGAACAAUGAUUAAAAACAGAGCUGACUUGAUGUGUCAA